GGAGGAGGAGUCUGUCCCAGGCUGCAUCUGGCCUUCUGCUCCCCUCUCUGUCACCCCGGGCCAAAGCACAGGGCCAAACCCGCCCCACUCCAGUCAGUCUCUGCCUGCUCUCCCACUCGGCCCGCCGGACACAGCAGCGCCCACACAGCGAGCACUCCGACAUGGACAAUGAAGGGAGCCAGAGCAGCCUGUCCAGCACGGACUCACCUCACGACCCCUGCAAAAUGUUCAUAGGUGGACUGAGCUGGCAGACAACACAAGAGGGGCUGAAGGAGUACUUUUGCAAGUACGGAGAGGUGAAGGAGUGUAUGGUGAUGCGAGAUCCAGUUACUAAGCGCUCGAGAGGGUUUGGAUUCGUCACCUUUGUUGAUCAAGCUGGCGUGGAUAAAGUUUUGGCCCAAAGUAGACACGAGCUGGACUCAAAAACAAUUGACCCAAAGGUUGCAUUCCCUCGCAGAGCCCAGCCUAAGUUAGUGACUCGAACCAAGAAGAUUUUUGUGGGUGGACUGUCUGUGAACACUACCAUAGAAGAUGUCAAGCAGUACUUUGACCAAUUUGGGAAGGUGGAUGAUGCCAUGCUCAUGUUCGACAAGACCACCAACAGACACAGAGGUUUUGGUUUUGUGACAUUUGAAAAUGAAGAUGUGGUGGAGAAAGUCUGUGAGAUACACUUCCAUGAAAUCAACAAUAAAAUGGUGGAGUGUAAGAAGGCUCAGCCCAAAGAGGUGAUGUCCCCUACUGGCUCAGCUAGGGGGCGCUCUCGGGUGAUGCCUUAUGGAAUGGAUGCCUUCAUGCUGGGAAUUGGUAUGCUUGGUUACCCUGGUUUCCAGACAGCCACCUACACCAGUCGGAGCUAUGCUGGCAUCACACCCGGAUACACGUACCAGUUUCCUGAGUUCCACUUAGAGAGGACCCCCCUUCUGACUUCACCCCACCCCCCUGAGCUCACAGCCAUUCCUCUGACGGCAUAUGGACCAAUGGCAGCAGCAGCGGCCGCAGCAGUAGUUAGAGGCUCCACCCCAUCUCGUUCUGCUGGGUUUUUAGGUACGAGCAGCCCUGGGCCAAUGGCAGAGCUGUACGGGACAGCCAGUCAGGAGUCCGCUGUGAGCAGUUACCUCAGCGCUGCUAGCCCUGCCCCGAGCACUGGAUUCAGCCACAGUUUGGGGGGCCCUUUGAUUGCCACAGCCUUUACUAAUGGAUAUCACUGAGAGAACUGAGAACUGGAAGGAGAUGAUGCUGAUCCACCCUGACUCCAGUCCCUUCCUUGGUCGGGACAGGGGACUCCGUACCCCUCUCUUCUCUGGUGUCUACACUGGUCGACACUGAAAUAAAUGCACCACCAUUUUGUCAAGUCAAUGCUGAUUCUGUACUACAUAUUUUUUUCUUUGUUUCCUGUUUUAUUUUAAGUGACAUCUACUAUAAUGCUCUUCUGUUUUGGCUGCGUUUUUGGGUUGUUUGAUCUUUGAAUGUGAUAUUUGGAGGUCAAGAGAUGUAAUAUGUUUUGAAAACUGUAUAUUUGUCAGUAGUUCAUACUGAAUCCUAACAACCAUUGGUUAUUAAAACUUUCACUUGACAGUGUGUCACAAAAUGUAUAUCUUGGUAGGUUUUUAACAAAACUUGAUUCACUAAUAAUGGUCUGAGAGAAAGGUCAUUAGUCAGUUACAUACAGGCCUAUGAACGCUGUACAAUUAUGUAAUAUAUUGUAAAUAUUCAUUUGGGAGGGAGGGGAUACACAUUUUUGUGUUUGGGGUUUUGGGAAACUUUGAGGAAUUUGAAAUCCUCAAGUGUUGUAAACCGCGACUGUUACUUAUCAAAUUUUGAGGGGAUGGGGGUCUAUGUGAUUGAAGGUGUGUAAGGAGCGAAAAAAACAAACUGUUUUCUUACUUUGUCAUAUUGUUUUAACUGUGAUGCUUAUGUGUUGAUUGUGAAUGAAGGACUUGGCCGCAGCUAUUGUCAGUGUGAUGACUCUGCAGCUGGUGAAGUAUCGCUGGUGUUCACAUUGGAGUCCAAUGUGCCAUGUGCUGUUUGUUUGGGGAUGGUACCUCAAUUACAAAUGUGAAAUUUUAAUUGACUUUUUUAAAUAAUUAUAUUAACAACUCUGUCAUUGUGGGUGUCAAAAAGUCUUAUUAACUCAUGUUUACUUGUCAAGACCCACAAUCUUUCACUGCAUAUCCACUGGAAGUCACGACUGUAGCAAAGUGACAGCUUUUUAGACCAAAUCAAUCAAGUUCAGAGCUAAGACGUUGCACUGGUCUAUCAUGUAAAUGUUAGCUUCAGAAAGCACCUCUUCUCCUGGGAAAUACUUUUAGGAUAUUUUGAUGCUGCCACAGUAGUUUACACUCCUGUUUUCACUGAGAAAUAACA